UAGUGGCUGAGAUUGCUUCUCACUGUUCGACAGUUCGUGUGGAUGCUUCUGGUUCGUUGUAGUUGAGUCUCUCCCUAAUUCUUCUUCUUCUUCUUCUUUUGCUACUGUUUCCGAAUCUUCUUUUCUCUUCCAAUUUAAUUCUUCCUCUGAUCCUUAAGAGUCGGAUUCGCCAUUGCCGCAAAAUGAGUCCUCCGGCGAGUGUCCGGUGAAAUCCAUUUCUUCUUCACAUGCAUGAUCGCUCCAGUCACACCCAUGGCUCUUUUUCAAGGUUUUGGCGCUGUGGAGUUCUUUUUGUAGCAUCGCCUUGUCAGCAGCUUCUGCUUACUUUCACCAGGGCUUUACCAUUUGCUGUGUUCCAUGUCACAAAAAACGAAAGGAGAUAUUCCUUUUACCCACUCCUCGUCAGGGAAGAUCUGAAGCAGCGCUAGCUGCAGACGUCCUCUAAUGGACGCCUACUCCUCUGGAGAAGAAGUGGUUAUUAAGACACGAAAACCAUAUACUAUCACAAAGCAAAGAGAAAGAUGGACCGAGGAGGAACAUAAUAGAUUUCUGGAAGCCUUAAAGCUAUACGGGCGAGCAUGGCAGCGCAUAGAAGAGCACAUAGGAACAAAGACUGCUGUGCAAAUCAGAAGUCACGCUCAGAAAUUCUUUUCAAAGCUGGAGAAAGAGGCCUUUGUGAAGGGUGUUCCAAUAGGACAAGCUCUUGAUAUAGACAUACCCCCUCCAAGGCCAAAAAGAAAACCAAGCAAUCCUUAUCCCAGGAAGAUCAAUGCUGCUGUCCCAAAGAAUGGAAAGUCUCUCAUUUCAAUUGCAUCUUCACAUGCUAAACAUGCACUGGACUUGGAGAAACAACCACUUCCAGAGAAGCAUUAUCAGGAGGACCAACUGCCAACAACUGUAAAACAAAAUAACGACGAAAGCAGCUCAAAAGUGUUUGCCAUUCUCCAGGAAGGACCUGCUUCAUCUGUAUCACUGCCGCUCAGAAAUCCAAGUCCCUUGAGGGAGUUUAUACCCUCAAUAAAAGAGGUAACAACUCUAGAUGAAACAAAUGAGUCUUUUAUUACUGAUGAGCUUCAAAAUCACAAGUUAGAGUUAGAUGACGGAGACCACAAACAAAAGACUAAUACCACUUGUAAAGUCUCUAAGUCCGACAAUUCUGGUGCUUUGAAAUUGGUUCAAACUGAGAAAACAGAUGGGAUGCAAGGAAAUCAGAAUUACCCAAGACAUGUCCCUGUGCACGUUGUUGACGACAAGUUUAAUGGGCAUCCUAAGAUUGUCACAAACUCUGCUGCAUCAAACAUAAGUGAAAGUCAAAACAACACAGCACGGUCCUCUCUUCAUCAAUCGUUUUCUCCUUGUCCUCCCUUCUCACAACACAAUCAGGAUGAUUACCAUUCAUUUCUUCAUAUGUCCUCCACGUUUUCAAGUCUUGUUGUCUCUACCUUGCUGCAAAAUCCUGCUGCCCAUGCUGCAGCAAGUUUUGCUGCUACAUUUUGGCCCUAUGCAAAUGCAGAAACUUCCGCAGAUUCUCCCGUGUGCACUCCUCCAAGUGUGACAGCCAUUACAGCAGCCACAGUUGCUGCCGCAACUGCAUGGUGGGCUGCCCAUGGAUUGCUUCCUUUGUGUACUCCACUUCAUACAGCCUUUGCGUGUCCUCCUGCACCAGCGACUGCAGCUCCAUCCAUGACUCUCGGUCAAUCGCAGCACAAAAACCAACAAGAAGAGGGUAAGCCAGAAAAUCCUCCUCCAGAACAAUCGGAAGUUCUGCAAGCUCAACACUCAGCUUCCAAGUCACCAGCUGUUUCUUCAUCAGAAUCUGAGGAGAAGGGAGAUACCAAUGUAAAUACUGCACCAAAGGCUACUAAUGAUGAGAUGAACCAAGCGAUUUCCGAGAAUCCCGAUUCCGAGAAAAUAAACGGUAGAAAACCUGUAGACCGUUCCUCGUGUGGUUCUAACACAACCUCUAGCAGUGAAGAGACUGAGAUACUAGAGAAGGAUGAGAAAGAAAAGGAAGAGCCCAACAAAGCUGAUACAAACCUUUUAGGUUCUGAGCCUAAUAAUCGUCGUAGUAGAAGCAUUAGCAACCUUACUGAUUCUUGGAAGGAGGUCUCUGAAGAGGGUCGGCUUGCCUUUCAGGCGCUAUUCUCCAGGGAGGUGUUGCCACAAAGCUUUUCACCUCCUCAUGAUUUGAUAAAUGCAGAUAAUCAGAUUCACAGCAUCAACAAGCAAAACGCAGAGUACAAAGAUGAAGACCUUGAGACCAAAAAACACAGUCCUAUCUGUGAUGGGCUGCAGAAAAGCGUGUCAUUUGUGAAAGAUAAUGAUGAGGAGGAGGGAUUGCUAAGCAUGGGUCUUGGACAAGGAAAGCUGAAGAGUCGUCGAACAGGGUUUAAACCUUACAAAAGGUGUUCGGUAGAAGCAAAAGAAAACAUGAUCGGAACGGCCUGCAACCAAGGUGAAGAGAAAGGUCCAAAGAGAAUACGUUUGAACGGGGAAGCUUCAACUUGAUGGUUGAGAUAUAUGCAUGCAACCACAGAAAGAAAAUGUCUAGUUUUGCGUAUAACAUUUCUGUAUUGCUUCUUUGCAGCUCACGAAACUGGUCGUGUAGGUCUGUGUACCAUAUUAAAUUACCACAUACAAUCUUUUUCUUUCUUUGAAUGAUGUUGAUGUUACUACCGCAGUUAAAAACUCCGCUAAAAUAGACUUAGACAACAAACAUUAAGUACUGUUUGUGCAUUGAUCAUUUAAGUAAUUUAUAAUCCAUCUUUCAGUCA